GGAUCGGAUCAAUGUGCGCGUGUGUGCACACGUUUUCAGUUUACGUGGACGUGUUGUUUCUUCGGGGGUAGAGCAGAAAAUUGUAAGAAUUACGAGACUCAAAUUUUUCCUGGAUUAUCAAGAGUGUGCAGUGCAGAGGGAAGACACGUCAUCUUCGGAAAGGUCUUAGAGGGAAUGGAUGUUCUUCAAACCAUAGCCCUGGAGGAAACAAACAGACAAAGCUUACCCUUCAGAACCGUAAGCAUAAAGGACUGUGGAGCCAUCCCCCUUAGUUCUCACUACACACUCACCAGCGAGGACUUCAACACGAAUGAAGACAUUCGAACAAAAUAGUUUACAAUAAUAAAGUUUAGAUAAUCAUUGAUUAAAUAGAAUGUUUCAUAGGGGAAAGCAUGAACACAUGUACUUGAUGAGUGAUUGAAGUAUGCAAUUUUACGAAAAAGUGAUAACUGGAUUAAUUUCACAUAGGUAGAGGGCGUAGAAAGUUGGCAGAUUUAUGGAGCAGAAUACAGAACGAGAGAUGAGAGAGAGAAAGAGUGAGAGUGGCUGCAGUUGAAGUUUUCCAGACUAGAUUUCAUUACAAACGUGAGAAAGACGAAAUCUUGGAAUAAGCAGUUGGUAUUAUGUCAGAUACCUAGCAAUAUUGUCCCUUGCUGUAAGGAUAAUUCAGUGAAAGAAUCUGCAGUAACAAAUGUACUGUCUUGAAUUCUGCCUGUCAUUUCUUGACCGUAGAGCCAUUUUAUGUAUUUGUUUUUGUGUGGACAUGAACGAAUAAACGAAAUCCAUUUUCAAAGAAAAA